AUGGGUUACCCCGACACAACUGACGCAUUUGCCGUCACUGACAUCAAAAACUGGUCUACCUUCACCCGCAAGGAGGUGAGCAGAUCCAUGCAUCGCUCGCUUCAGCUCCCCCUCAAAAAGUUCGAGGAGCACGAUGUCGAUAUUGCCAUUGAUGCCUGCGGUGUCUGCGCUUCCGACGUUCACACCAUCACCGGAGGAUGGGGAGAGGACAUACCCCUUCCUCUCUGCGUAGGACACGAGGUCAUUGGAAAGGUCAUCAAGGUCGGCUCCAAGGUCACCAAGGUCAAGGUUGGCGACCGCGCUGGUGUCGGUGCGCAGAUUGGUGCCGAUCUGACUUGCGACAACUGCAAGGCGGACCAGGAGAACUACUGCCCUAACCAGGUUGACACGUACGGCGCAAAGUACCCCGACGGCACUGUCUCACAGGGAGGAUACUCCAGCCACAUUCGCGCGCACGAGUACUUCACCUUCAAGAUCCCAGACAGCCUCGACACUGCAUUGGCCGCACCUAUGCUGUGCGCCGGUCUGACCACAUACUCUCCUCUCAAGAGGUUAGGAGCUGGCCCCGGCAAGAAGGUCGCCAUUGUUGGACUGGGUGGUCUUGGUCACUUCGGUGUCCUCUGGUCCGUUGCCAUGGGCGCGGAGACCUAUGUCAUCUCCCACUCCCCAAGCAAGAAGGAGGAUGCGCUUAAGAUGGGUGCGAAGGACUUCCUGGUCACCAGCGAGAAGGGCUGGAACGAGAAGUACAAGUACAAGUUUGACUUUAUCAUCAACACGGCCGACGCUACCGACAAGUUCGAUCUGACCGAGUACUUCUCGACCCUCAAGAUCAACGGCACCUUCCACAUGGUCGGCUUCCCCGACAACCCGCUCCCUGGCUUCAACGCCCAGAUCUUCGCUUCCAACGGUAACUACAUGGGCGCAUCGCACAUUGGUAACCGCCCCGAGAUGGAGGAGAUGCUCGAGCUUGCCAGCAAGCAGAACAUCAAGUCGUGGGUGCAGACGAUCAAGCUUAGCGAGGCUGGCUGCAAGGAGGCUGUCGAGCGGGUGUACAAGAACGACAACGUCCGCUACAGGCUGACCUUGGUCGACUUCGACGAUGUCUUUGGAAAGAGGGCAUAAGCGUCGGAUGUGUCAGGCCUUUAAUGAAACUCAAUGAUAGCUUUGAUGAAUUGUUGCAUUCUCUGAAC